AUGCAAUUCUUGGUUGAAACCCACUUCAAAUCUCUGUUGUUUUAUUUUGUUCUAUUUGUUAAGCAAUUGUCAAGGGCUGAAACUGGAAUUAACGUUUUGACGACCAACACUGUAGAUUCAUCAUUACCACAUCCACCAUGGUUUUUGUCGAAUGGUUUACCUGUGGAUACAACCUUUACGUUUCCUACUCCUUUGCCUAGUAUCCCUUCCGAUGAUGGGAACUUUGGCAAAAGAAGCAUUGACUUGGGAGGUCUUGAGGUUGCUCAACUCUCCAUGUCAGACUCAACAACACGCAGGGUAUGGAGAACAUAUGAAGGAGGACCAGCUAACAUGGGAGUCAGCAUCUUCGAACCGAUCACUCUUCCUCGUAAUUUCUUCAGACUUGGCUUCUAUGCACAACCCAACAACCGUCAGCUUUUCGGUUGGAUUCUUGUUGCAAGAGAUGUUUCCGGAGGUAAUUUAAGACCUCCACUCGACUACACUGAAGUUGGAAAUACUAUAUCAUUGAGUAUCAAACAAGACGGGCCUGCAUAUUUUUGGCAGCCCCUAUGUCCUAAUGGGUAUCAAGCCGUUGGUCUAUACGUCACUACUUCUCCUCUGAAGCCCUCUUUAGGACAAGAUUCUAUAAGCUGUGUUCGUAGGGAUCUUACAGAACAGACUGAAGCCGAUACAUGGGUAUGGAGGAUAAAAGAAAUGACCAUUUCUAGUUUGAGACCAGCCAAGAGAGGAACAGCAGCAACAGGUGUGUACACAGGGACAUUCAGUUUCAAACAAGUAAACUUUCCAGCUCCUCCUCUAUACUGCUUGAAAAAUACAAGAUUUGACUUGUCUAGCAUGCCAAGCAAAAACCAAACUAGACUUUUGUUUCAAACGUAUUCUCCUUGGAUAUACUUACACCCAGAAGAAGAGUACCUUCCUUCGUCUGUCAAUUGGGUCUUCACCAACGGUGCUUUACUAUACCAGAAAGGAAACGAAUUCAACCCUGUUCCAGUAUAUUCAAACGGUUCAAACCUUCCAAAAGGCGGUUCCAACGAUGACUUAUUCUGGUUAGAUUACCUAGUCGAGAAAGAGGCAAAAGAAAAGGUUAAGAGGGGAGAUUUAGGGAGCGCUAAGGCGUAUCUACACAUCAAACCAAUGUUUGGAGCUACUUUCACAGAUAUUGUUGUCUGGCUGUUCUAUCCGUUCAACGGAAAUGCACAUUUGAAAUUUUUGUUCAUCAAGAGCCUAUCUCUAGGAAUGAUUGGAGAGCAUGUUGGAGACUGGGAACAUGUUACAUUGCGCAUAAGCAACUUCAACGGUGAGUUAUGGAGAGUUUACUUUUCUAAACACAGUGGAGGAACGCUUAUGGAGGCAUGCGAUCUAGAGUUCCAAGGUGGAAACAAGCCAGUAGUAUAUUCGUCUCUUCAUGGUCACGCAAUGUUCCCAAAGCCUGGGCUCGUGUUGCAAGGCAAGUACAAGAGCGGGAUAAGAAACGACAUGGCAAGAAGCGACAAGUUCUUGGACGCAGGUGUUGCGUAUGAGGUGAUUGCAGGACCUGGCGUGGUUCAUGAGCCACCAUGGCUGAACUAUCUGAGGAAAUGGGGACCUCGAGUCCAUUACACAAUAGACAAUAUUCGUCACUAUAUCGCUAAGAUUUUGCCGUUUUUUAUACGGGCGGGUUUACGGAAACUCACAAGAAAAAUUCCUAAAGAAGUGUUUGGUCAAGAUGGUCCAACUGGUCCCAAAAGCAAGGUUACUUGGACCGGCGAUGAACAAUAUUCUUAA